GCCACACUUGAUAUGGCGACCAGGGCGCGUUCCGGGAGGAAAUCACGCGAGAGUUGCAUCACAGCCAUGGUCAGUGAAUCGAGCCGGGGGUGUGGAGCCGCCAAGAUGGAGCCGGCAGCCGGCACUCCCGGCCCGCUGAUCAUGAACAACAAGCAGCCUCAGCCGCCGCCACCUCCGCCGCCUGCAACCGCGCAGCCUCCACCUGGGGCACCGCGGACCGCCGGAGGCCUCCUGCCUGGUGGCAAAGCCCGAGAGUUCAACCGCAACCAGCGAAAAGACUCGGAGGGCUAUUCUGAGUCUCCAGACCUGGAGUUUGAGUAUGCUGACACAGACAAGUGGGCUGCAGAGCUCUCAGAGCUCUAUAGCUACACGGAAGGACCAGAAUUCCUGAUGAAUCGAAAAUGCUUUGAGGAGGACUUUCGGAUGCACGUGACAGAUAAAAAGUGGACCGAGCUGGACACCAACCAGCACCGCACCCACGCCAUGAGGCUCCUGGAUGGCUUGGAGGUCACUGCCAGGGAGAAGAGGCUCAAGGUGGCUCGGGCGAUUCUCUAUGUUGCCCAAGGCACCUUUGGGGAGUGCAGCUCAGAGGCCGAGGUUCAGUCCUGGAUGCGCUACAACACCUUUCUGCUCUUGGAGGUGGGCACCUUCAACGCUCUGGUGGAGCUUCUGAACAUGGAAAUAGACAACAGUGCUGCCUGCAGCAGUGCGGUGAGGAAGCCAGCCAUCUCUCUGGCGGACAGCACGGACCUGAGGGUCUUGCUCAACAUCAUGUACCUGAUUGUGGAGACCGUUCACCAGGAGUGUGAGGGUGAUAAGGCCGAGUGGAGUACGAUGCGACAGACCUUCAGGGCUGAGCUGGGUUCCCCGCUGUACAACAGUGAGCCAUUUGCCAUCAUGCUGUUUGGGAUGGUGACCAAAUUUUGCAGUGGCCAUGCGCCUCACUUCCCCAUGAAAAAGGUUCUCUUGCUGCUCUGGAAGACAGUGUUGGCUGCUCUUGAACCUGGAGCUUGUAAAAUGAUUCGAGGCAAGAUUAAAGCUGGUAUAAAGGGCCCCUCAGUCAGAUGUCACUGGAAAGAAGAAAGGUGCACUCUGGGCGGCUUUGAGGAGCUGCAGAGCAUGAAGGCCGAGAAGCGCGCCAUCCUGGGGCUCCCCCCGCUGCCUGAGGACAGCAUCAAGGUCAUCCGCAACAUGAGGGCUGCCUCACCCCCGGCCUCUGCCUCCGACCUGAUUGAGCAGCAGCAGAAACGGGGCCGUCGGGAGCACAAGGCACUCAUAAAGCAGGACAAUUUGGAUGCCUUCAACGAGCGGGAUCCCUACAAGGCUGAUGACUCUCGAGAGGAGGAGGAGGAGAAUGAUGAUGACAACAGUCUGGAGGGGGAGACGUUCCCCCUUGAGCGGGAUGAGGUCAUGCCUCCCCCACUGCAGCACCCCCAGACCGACAGGCUGACCUGCCCAAAGGGGCUCCCGUGGGCUCCCAAGGUCAGAGAGAAAGACAUUGAGAUGUUCCUCGAGUCCAGCCGCAGCAAGUUCAUAGGUUAUACUCUGGGCAGUGACACAAACACAGUGGUGGGGCUGCCCAGGCCAAUCCACGAAAGCAUCAAGACUCUGAAACAGCACAAGUACACGUCGAUUGCAGAGGUCCAGGCACAGAUGGAGGAGGAGUACCUUCGCUCUCCUCUCUCAGGGGGAGAAGAGGAAGUUGAACAGGUGCCUGCAGAAACUCUCUACCAAGGCUUGCUCCCCAGCCUGCCACAGUACAUGAUAGCGCUACUGAAGAUCCUGCUGGCCGCAGCUCCCACCUCGAAGGCCAAAACAGACUCAAUCAACAUCCUAGCUGACGUCCUGCCUGAGGAGAUGCCCACCACAGUGCUGCAGAGCAUGAAGCUGGGAGUGGAUGUGAACCGCCACAAAGAGGUCAUCGUUAAGGCCAUUUCUGCCGUCCUGCUGCUGUUGCUGAAACACUUCAAGCUGAACCACGUCUAUCAGUUUGAGUACAUGGCCCAGCACCUGGUGUUUGCCAACUGCAUCCCUUUGAUCCUAAAGUUCUUCAAUCAAAACAUUAUGUCCUACAUCACUGCCAAGAACAGCAUCUCUGUCCUGGACUACCCUCACUGCGUGGUGCACGAGCUGCCAGAGCUGACUGCCGAGAGUCUGGAAGCAGGUGACAAUAACCAGUUUUGCUGGAGAAACCUCUUUUCUUGUAUCAAUCUGCUUCGGAUCUUGAACAAGCUGACAAAAUGGAAGCAUUCAAGGACGAUGAUGCUGGUGGUGUUCAAGUCAGCCCCCAUCCUGAAGCGGGCCCUGAAAGUGAAACAGGCCAUGAUGCAGCUGUAUGUGCUGAAGCUGCUCAAGGUGCAGACCAAGUAUCUGGGACGGCAGUGGCGAAAGAGCAACAUGAAGACCAUGUCGGCCAUCUACCAGAAGGUGCGGCAUCGGCUGAACGACGACUGGGCCUACGGCAACGAUCUCGAUGCCCGGCCUUGGGACUUCCAGGCAGAGGAGUGUGCCCUCCGUGCCAACAUCGAGCGCUUCAACGCCCGGCGCUAUGACCGGGCCCACAGCAACCCCGAUUUUCUGCCUGUGGAUAACUGCCUGCAAAGUGUCCUGGGCCAGCGGGUGGACCUCCCUGAGGACUUCCAGAUGAACUAUGACCUCUGGUUAGAAAGGGAGGUCUUCUCCAAGCCCAUUUCCUGGGAAGAGCUGCUUCAGUGAGGCUCCUGGGUGGGAGGCUGAAAAUGAAAGAAGGGGUGAUCUCCAGGUACCCCAGGGGCUGUCCUGGUUCCUUGCUGCAGUGCUGCCUUCCUCCUCCAGGUGGCAGCACAUCCCUACUGUGCCCUUCCGAGCCAGUGCUGGGCUGGUGGGCAAGUCUGGAUCUGGCUUCUCUUUGAUUCCCAGGGUCCUGCUCGGGAGUGGUCAUCUCUCUGCUUGAGAUCCUCUCUUCCUUCACUCUUCCUUGCCCUCCUCUCUUGGACAUAGUUAUUUGCAGCUCCUUUGUCAUUCCACCGAAGGCUGGAAUGGGCUGGGAAUGCACCAUGUCUGAAUUUUAGGGGUCAUGCUCACUCUUCUGAGACGCAAAUCCUUGGCAUGUUAGCUUGCCAAAGAAGGAGGGCUUGGGAUUAGAGCGGAAUCUUGGCCUUGCUCUGGGGGUUUCUGAUGUCAUUCCAGCCUCUUGCUAGGUUUCAUCCAGAAGCAAUUGCAGAGGCUCCUGCCGCUGCCCCAGCACUUUGGUUUUGGAUAGGGUUAGGGGAGAGGCAGCUUCCCUGAAUCAGAGGGGCCAUUUUUUUUUCUUGGUGUGCAAGGUCUGUAAAUAUCUAUAUAUAAAUCUGUGUGUAUUCUCGUGU